AUGGCUGCCAUGUCGACCCUGAACGUAGCGGUCGUCGGCUUCUUCUUGCAAGCGGCCUCAUUCUGGCAAUUGAGUCUCUCCAAAUCAAUCGCCGUGAUUACAGGAUUAUCUGCAGUGCUAUCUUUUGUCUUUCUGGUUUGCUGGAAGCUGUAUCUGUGGCCAUUGUGGUUCAGUCCCCUGCGCGGAUUGCCCGAACCAGCGGGCGGGCACCGUUUCAAAGGCCAUGUGAAGCUGGUUCCGAACGAGCGAUCGGGUAUGCCCCUACAGGAAUGGAUCAAUAACGUACCAAACAACGGGCUGAUCCGAUAUCGCAUGCGGUUCAACAAGGAGGUCGUCUUCGUCACCAGUCCUAAGGGCCUCUCGGAGGUUCUAGUUCAGAAGAAUUAUGAAUAUGCGAAGCCAUACAAGCUGCGACUUGGGCUAGGACGGAUUCUUGGGAUCGGGUUGAUCAUCGCCGAGGGCGCGGAACAUAAGACACAACGCAAGAACUUGAUGCCCGCCUUUUCACACCGACACAUUAAAGACCUCUAUCCCAUAUUCUGGGACAAAUCCGUCGCGCUAGCCCGAGCACUCGAAGAAGAUAUCGAACAGACCGAGGGCCAAUCGAGCAAACCAUCGAGCAAGGUCUUCGACGUGGCGGAUUGGCUGGCGCGAGCGACCCUGGAUAUCCUAGGCUCAGCCGGACUCGGGGAGGAAUUCGACACUCUCCACAAUCCGGACAAUGAGAUCUGCCGUGCCUACCGUGAUGUUUUUGAGCAGCGGCCCCCUCAAGGAACUCUGGCAAUGGGACUUUUCCUAUUGCGCGAGGUCUUCACAAGAGCCUUGCGUCUUCCCCGCGAAGACAGCAUCACGAUGGCCACCAAGACUUUGACUGGUGUUGCGCGCCGGUUGAUCUCCAAGAAGAAGGCCAUCGCCGAGAAAUCUGAUACUGAAGGACGAGAUAUCAUCUCUGUUGCGCUGUCGUCGGGGAAUUUCACAGACUCGAUGCUGGAGAACCAUCUCCUCACCUUCCUAGCAGCCGGUCACGAAACCACAGCGACAUCGAUGACUUGGGCCCUAUAUGCCUUGUGUUUGUACCCGGCGAUCCAAGACCGACUGCGGGCGGAAAUACGCGACCGACUACCGCAUAUUCUGGACGAUGGCCCAACUACGCCAAUGACCGCCGAACUCCUGGAUAGUCUGCCGUAUUUGCAUGCUGUCUGCAACGAAGUCUUCCGUGUGUAUCCCCCCGCCGGCCUCACUCGACGCGUGGCGGUGAAUGAUACCUCUAUCUUGGGUCAGUUUAUUCCCGCAGGCACGGAGAUUGUGAUAUCACCACGCGCACUGAAUGUGUCGCGGGAGUUAUGGGGCGAGGAUGCCCACGUCUUCAAUCCCGAUCGAUGGCUGGGGCCGAAUAUGGCCAACACCGGAGGUGGCCUGACCAACUUUUCCUUUAUGACUUUCCUUCAUGGUCCGCGGUCUUGCAUUGGGCAGGGCUUUGCUCGUGGCGAGUUUGCGAGUCUAAUCGCGGCGCUGGUGGGCACGUUUGAGAUAACGUUGGCACAGGAGUCGGAGAUAACAAUUGAGACGGGAUUGACUUCUCGUCCCAAGGGCGGAUUGCGCGUGCAAUUUUCUCGAAUUUGA